AAUAAGAUACUUGCUCUUCUCUUUCUUUCUUUCCGACAAGCAUCAAAACCAAAAACCAAACCUGCGGUUAAAACUUAUACCUCCUCUGCAACUAAAACAGAGAGAAACAGAGGAUCUUUGUCUAUAUAAGCACAAGUCAAGCAACAAGGGAACAUUUCAAAAUUCAAACAAAUCUCUAAGGAUGAUAGAACGAAGCUCCGUCGAGGAAAGAGAGGGUGGCCGUACAAUUCUUGUCGGCGUGAAGCUAGACGCGCCGAGCAGAGAGUUACUCACAUGGGCUUUGGUUAAAGUAGCUGAGCCUGGUGAUACUGUGAUCGCUCUUCAUAUCCUUACCAACGAGAUUGUUAAGAACUCUUCGCUUCUCUCUUUGGUGAAAACAUUCGACUCUGUUCUCGACGUUUACGAAGGCUUCUGCAACUUAAAACAGGUGGAUCUGAAGCUGAAGCUGUGCCGUGGCGACUCUGCUCGGAAGAUCAUAGCUAGAGAAGCGAGAUCGUUGUGUGCUUGGAAAGUUUUAGUUGGGGUUUCGAGAACUCACCAUAAGAUUCGAUCAUCAGCUUCUGUGGCUAAGUACUUGGCUAAGAAGCUGCCAAAGGAGUGUUGGGUUCAUGCUGUGAACAAUGGUAAAGUUGUGUUUCAAAGAGAAGGUUCUCCUCCCUCAUUGGCCAUGAACAAUUCUCAAGGGAAGGAAGAUGUUAGGAGGAACACUUUGUUGAAUGUGCUUCAGAGAUCUGUUACAUUGAGCACACCUACCAGAGUUGUCAGCCAUUUUGAGGAGGAGGCUUCCAAGGAAGAUCAAUCUUGUGGCCAGAGUUUGCAGCAGGCCUUGGAAGCUGCUCGUUUGGAGAGUUGUUCAGUUUGUGGUUCUGAUUCUCUGUCUCCAAAUGGUACAAAAGCUUCACAUAUCAAUGAUGAGUGCCACAAAGCUAAGGAGAUUGUGCCUGUGAAAGGUCUAGAGGAAUUGGUUAGGAAACAAGCUGAACCUAUACCAGGUUGGCCUUUGCUUCGUCGUGCUUUAUCUUCACCAGGACAACCCAUUACUACUCAUAAACAGAUACCAGUAGCUCAAUGGGCUUUAAAGCUUCCUCCAAGGAACAAUAAGCAAAUUAGUUAUGACCCUUCUCAUGGUACUAACUCUAUCACCACUCCUGACACUAGUCCAAGAAAGCUCCCUCAGGAGCUAGAGAGACUUUACCAGAGAUUUUCUUCUACUUGCCAGUUUUUCAAAUACAAGGAACUUGUUUCAGUGACAUCAGACUUCUCUGCUGAUAACUUCAUAGGCAGAGGAGGCAGCAGCAAGGUUUAUAGAGGCUGUUUGUCAAAUGGAAGAGAGGUUGCUGUGAAGAUCCUCAAGCAAACAGAAGAUGUCUUGAAUGAUUUCGUCGCGGAGAUCGAGAUUAUCACAACUCUACUCCAUAAGAACAUUAUCUCCCUAUUAGGCUUUUGCUUUGAAGACAAGAACCUAUUGCUUGUAUACAAUUAUCUCUCAAGAGGAAGCCUAGAAGAGAAUCUUCAUGGUAACAAGAAAGAUCUGCUUGCAUUCCAGUGGAGAGAGAGGUACAAAGUGGCUGUGGGAGUAGCUGAGGCGUUAGACUAUCUGCACAACAGUGCUUCACAACCCGUCAUACACAGAGAUGUCAAGUCAUCAAACAUACUGUUGUCUGAUGAUUUUGAGCCUCAGCUUUCUGAUUUUGGGCUUGCGAGGUGGGCGUCUAUAUCUACAACUCACAUAGUCUGCUCAGACGUUGCAGGAACCUUUGGCUACUUGGCUCCAGAGUACUUCAUGUAUGGUAAGGUGAAUGAUAAGAUAGAUGUGUAUGCAUUCGGCGUUGUUCUACUCGAGCUGCUCUCUGGAAGAAGACCUAUUAGCAGUGGAUGUCCAAAGGGACAAGAGAGUCUUGUCAUGUGGGCCAAACCAAUUCUAGAAGAUGGGAAGUACUCUCAGUUGUUAGACCCGAGUUUGCAGAUUAACAACAAUGGUGAUCAAAUGCAGAGGAUGGUGUUAGCUGCUACUCUCUGUAUUCGACGUAGCCCUCAAGCUAGACCGAAGAUGAGCAGUGUCUUAAAGCUGCUAAAAGGCGAUGAAGACACGCUCAAGUGGGCAAUGCAACAAUUGAGUAGUAGCUCCUCAGAUGAAGCAGAGAUGCUUGAGGAUGAGCAAAACCAAAGAUCUGACUUGCAGUUACACCUCAACCUUGCGCUUCUUGAUGUUGAAGAUGACUCUGUCUCCAUGGGUAGCUUCGAGCAAGGCGUUGUCUCUGUGGAAGAGUAUCUUAAAGGCAGGACAAGCCGUUCUUCAAGCUUUGACUAAACCCCCCCCCCCAAAGUUUUACUGAAACUAUGUAUUAUAUGUGAGACUGGUGGUGGGAUUUGUAGGGUUCUUUCUUUUUAGCCCUCAUACCUCACCUGGUUUAGGAUUGUGAUUGUAGUUUUCAAUUGUUGUUUUCACAAUUUUUCAUUCUUUUGAAGUUUGUUUUUGUGUAAACUUGUGGUAAUAAAAUAAAAGAGAAAAUAGUAUCAACAAAGUA